AUGGAGAGCGCCGGGGCGUCGGAGCUGUGCUACCCGCACCUGAACGCCUCAUGCCGGGUGCCCAGAAAGCCGCCCAUGCAGGCCCUGCUGAUCUACGUGCUGCUGUCCAGCAUCUCCAUGGUGACGGUGGCUCUCAACGGGCUGGUCAUCUUCUCCAUCUCCUACUUCAGGCAGCUUCACACGCCCACCAACCUGCUGCUGCUGUCGCUGGCCGUGUCCGACCUGCUGGUGGGCGCCCUGCUCAUGCCCGUGGAGAUCAUGUACACGGAGGCCUGCUGGUUCCUGGGCGACGUGGCGUGCACGCUGUACUACGUGGCCGACUACGUGAUCACGUCGGCGUCGGUGGCCAACAUGGUGCUGAUCUCGGUGGACCGCUACGUGGCCAUCUGCCAUCCGCUCUCCUACCCGGGCCGCGUCACCAAGAGGCGGGUGAAGAUCUGCGUGGGCCUGUGCUGGCUCUGCUCCAUGGUCUACAGGCUGGUGCUACUCAACGAGCACUUGGAGGAGCCGGGCAGGUCCAUCUCCUGCCUGGGGGAGUGCGUGGUGGUCAUCGCCAAUGCGGCGGGCUCCGCGGACCUGGUCAUGACCUUCUUCCUGCCCAUCCUAGUCAUCCUGGUGCUCUACCUGAGGGUAUUCGGCGUGGCCGUGGCUCAGGCCCACGUCAUGCGCUCUCGAGUGGGUGCCGGCCAUGUGCUGCGCGUGAAGAAGAGCGAGAUGAAGGCGGCCAGGACCUUGGGCAUCGUGGUGCUGGUCUUCCUCAUCUGCUUCUGCCCGUACUACUUUCCCACCCUGGCGGGAGAGAACACCUCCGUGGACGCCGCCUCGGCCACCUUCGAAAUCUGGCUGGCCCACUUCAACUCCUGCCUCAACCCCUUCAUCUACGCCCUCUUCUACCCGUGGUUCCGCAAAGCCGUGAAGCGCGUCUUCACGCUGCAGAUCCUCAAAGCAGGCUCCAGAGACGCCAACAUCUUGUAG